AAGUCAAAGAUUGGUUUCUCUUGUGCGCGGCCAUUUUGGUGAUUUUCUUCUGUGGUCUUGUCGACAGACGGACUGUCUCAGCUCCAAGUGGUGCAGAAAAUCGCAGUUUUUCGCCCCGAUCGCGUGUGAACUUCCGCCGGAAACGGACGUGAACCCGUGGCAGGUGCAGUUGCGGCAAGUGGACGGGUUUGUUGGAUUUUUCCGGGGCCGCGAGUCGCGCGACGUGGAGAAUUUUUCGGUUCUUGGGACUUUUUUUUUCUCUUCCUCUUGCUGAGGUCCCUCCGAAGACCUUCGUGUGUGCGUGCGUGCGGGUGUGUGUGUGUAUUUGCAGAGACUGUGGGCCUUCCUUUGGGGACGAUUUUUGUUCGGAAGGUUUCCGACUCACCCGGUGACGAGGACACUCAGUGUGCCGAAAGAAGAGGUUCCCGAAAAUCGGUGCCACUUUUCCGGUGGAAAAACCUUUGACAAAAGACACUUCCUGUGAAAAUUUAGGAUUAGCUGAUGGGAGAUAAUUUUCUCGAUUGAACAACCAACCAGCCAGCCAGAGCAAUAUAUGCAGGCAGUGAGUGAGUGUGGAAGUUGAAAAGUUAAAAUAUAUGUAUGUGAUACAGCACCAGCAGCAGAAGCAGCAGCAGCAAAAAAGUGAAUGAUUGAGUAAGUGAAAAAGAGACGUCGAAUAAUAAGAGUGCGCCCCGUUUGCGGAGAGGGAGAAGAAAAAGUCACAAGUGACAGCGCCAGCACGGUGGACCUGUCAGUGCACGAGAAAAACAGAGAAGAGAAAGAGAGAGAGAGAAGCAAGUGUGUGCCGCCGAGUGCGAGAGAAGAUAGUAGUAUAAAAAUAAAAACAACAACAUCAGCAGAGCGGCAACGACAACAACAAAAACAACAGCAGAAACAACAAGAAAAGCAAAACGAAUCAGCACCAAUACGCCGACAGAAACGUCAAUCCGGAACAGACGGUGGUGCUGGCACGACUACUACGGCCGGCCGCGCUGGUCCGCGAGGAGAAUUGAAAAUAAAGUAAAUAAUAAUAAGCAGCAGCAGCAGCACCAGUCGCGCAAGUGUCAGUGCGCGAGCGAGAUUUCGAAGUAGUUGUUAUUUCUUGGGUGGAAAAGGAGGCGAAUUUCGGUAGUAAGAAGAGUGUGCUGUUGGGAAGAAGAAGAAAGGAAAAAAAAAUCAAGUGAUAAUAGAGUAAUCAGUGGUUUUCUUUUUUUUUGGUUUCGUUCAAUACACAUAUAUCGCCUUUUAUUGUUCGGUUGUUUGAUUUUUGUACUUGUGCAUUCGCGAGCGAUUCCAGCACACACAGAGAGAUAUACAUGGUUUAUCUAUAUUUACACACGCGGCAAAGCCUGGAAGAGUGAUAUCACACACUGCUAGAGCGAGAAGAGUUGAGUUGAGUGAAGAAAAAAAAAAGCAAGCAAGCACCAAGAGUGAAGCAAAAGUACUGUCUCAUCGCGCACGAAAUAGAGAAAUUUUUCCUUUCCGCCGAAUGUCGACGGCGGCCGCGACGGCCAGGGCAGCAGUCAGGGGUACCCCAGAAGCCGCAAGUCAUCCAAGAGUUUAACGCCGCCCCCCUCGCAACAGCGCGGCACCCCAUGUAAAAAGGGUCCCCGUCUCGUCCGCGGAGACUGGACACACGGGACAGAAGGGACUCCCCGCAAAGGAGGUCAAACGUCCUGUGAAUCGAGACCACACAAACUCAGAAUGGAUACCGGAGGUUACGUGUUGAUGAACGGGGACGCUGGUAAGAUGGCCACAACGGCUGCGGUUUAUCCGGCCGGCGCGGAGGCCAUCAUCACCGGUGGGAUGGCUGGGUUGACGCUGGUCGGACCCCAUCCGCCCCAGGCCACACACCUCACGGUCGUUCCGGCGAUUCCUACGGCCGUUCCCGUCGUGGCGGCGGCGACGGCCACCAACGAUUACACCGUCAUGAACGGCGGCACCAUCAGCAGCAGCAGCAACAACACCUCCACCAUCACCGCAAACAGCAGCAAUAACAACAACAAUCACAACAACAGCAGUAACGAGCCGGCCGCCGGUGAUUACUACGGGGACGCUUCCGCUUCGUCAACGGUGGUUACCACAAACAACAGCAGCAGCGCAGUGAACAAUAACAACAGCAGCAGCAGCAGCCCACAGAACCAGAGCAGCACGGGUGCUAUCGCCGGAGCCCAAGUCAACGCCACCACCAGUACCACCAGUGAUAGCAGUAGUACCGAUUACAGCGGUAUGCCUUUAGAUCAGCUGAAGCAGCAGCUGCAGACGCAGCUCGAUUACUAUUUUUCGAGAGAAAAUCUAGCCAACGACACAUAUCUGCUAUCCCAGAUGGACAACGACCAGUACGUGCCGAUCUGGACGGUGGCCAACUUCAACCUGGUGAAGAAACUCACCAAGGACCUCAAGCUGAUCACGGACGUGCUGCGCGAGUCGCCGAACGUCCAGGUCGACGAGGAGGGCCUCAAGGUGCGCCCGAACCACAAGCGGUGCAUCGUGAUCCUGCGCGAGAUCCCGGACAACACCCCGAUCGAGGAGGUUAAGAACUUGUUCCAAGGUGAAAACUGUCCCCGGUUUAUCUCGUGCGAAUUUGCUCACAACAACUCCUGGUACAUCAUGUUCGAGUCGGACGACGACGCACAGCGGGCGUUCCGAUAUCUGCGCGAGGAGGUUAAGGAAUUUCAGGGAAAGCCAAUUAUGGCGCGAAUAAAGGCCAAACCGAUGAACAGGCUUCCGAUCCCGUCCGGGGUGCCGCUGAAGAACGGCUUCCGGACGACGCCACCGCCGGCCACGGGGACUGCGGUGGCCGUUCCGCCGGGUGCCCCAGCAGCUGCCGUGGCGGUUGCGACUGCCGCGGCGGCUGCGGCCGGUGCUGCGGUGUACGAUCCGACGCAGGCGGCAGCCGCGGCCGCUGCCUUCCCCGGCCAGCAGCGAUACAUUGCCUUGCAGCACAACCCGGGCGCGCUACCGCAGGGUGCGGCCGUUCCGGCCUACAACGCGCAGCUUCACAUGUUUCCAUUCCAGCAGCAAUUUUAUCCCGGCAUAAUGCAACCGUGGCCAGCGGCGCCCCCGCCGGCACAAAACUACUACGACCUGAGCACGUUCGUCACGAGCAACGGGUUGGCGCCGCAGGUUACGUUCGCCACGACCAAGCAACAAAACGGUCGGUACAACGUUCAGGGUGGUGGAGUGACCGGAGCUCACCGUGGAGGUAACAUCCGGAGCAAACGACAGCCGAAUCCUUCGAUACCGGGCGCCAGCAAUGAGCACCGAGCCGGUGGUGGAGCUCCUGCUGGAGGAGCGAACGGCAGUCAGACGUCGGUUGGGGCCAACGAGCGGGUAUCGAAUCAGCAACAACCGCCGCACUACCAACAGCAGCAGCAGCAACAACAAUCACAAUCACACUACCAGCCGCAAGCGGGUGGCGGUGGCAAGGGAGGUGCCUCCCUGCUGGGUCACGGAGGCAAGUCGUCCUACCACAAGGAUGCAACUAUUGUGCCACAUUAUCAACAUUACCAGCCACAGCAGCAGCAGCAGCAGCAUUACAGCAGCAAUCACCAGCAGCCGUCGUCGGUGCCGCAUCAUCACCAUCAAUCGCAACAGCAAGGUGACGAAACUACGACGAACGUCAGCAUGCGCUCGAACAGUAACGCCGAUCACUACCAGCAACAGCAACAAGCGGACGAUGGAAACAGUGGCUACAGCAGCUUGCCGUACAACAGCGGACGGAACAAGGACCUGUCCAGUGGUCCGUGGGCAUCGAACCAGUCGAGGCGCCACACGCGACGAAGAAAAGACGACAUGGACAGCGGCGGUGGCACUCUGUACACUAACACAAGCAUCCGAACGAGCAACAUGAGCUACACUAGUAAUAGUAAUAAUCUUAGCAGUAGUAUGAACAACGGUGCAAACAUAAAAGUUAUAAACACAACUAGUCUCAAUCAAUUGAUACCGUCGUCCACCGGGGGCGGCGGCGGCGGACCUCCGCACGGUCGUGGACCACGCGGCGGGGCCGGAAACAGCGAAUCCCUUCACAGUACAGCGUCGGGAAACGCGAUUGCGUCGAUGGGUGGCGAAGCUGGCGGCGGUGGUAGUGGACACCACAGUCAUCACAGUUCACACGGGGCUGGUGGCGGCGGUUACCAUCCCCAUCACCACCGGAGUGCGAUCGCUACUGGGUUUCACCAGCAGCAGCAGCAGCAGCAACAACAACAGCAGCAACAUUCGCACUCCCAUCACCACCAGCAGCAACAGCAUCUGCAACAGCAGCAGCAGCAACAGCAACAGCCGGCAGCUCAGCAGCAGUCUCAUCUGCAGCAAUCGUCGAACAGCGCCGCCGGCGGCUUCCAGCAGCAGCAGCAACAACAGCAGAAUGCCGUCUCCACUCAAUCGACGCAAUUCGACCUCGAACAAGCUGCAUUUCCGCCCCUUCCCGGCCACGAUGACAAUACCGGCGGGAGUAGUUUCGGCGGGCGCAACAAGCACCACCACUCGCGCGCCGAUCACCAACACGGCGGCCAACAUCAGUCGCAUGCCCAGCAACAUGCCACCGUAUCGUCCGGUGGUAACCAUGGUUCCUCUACUGAUAACGCCUCGUCCGGCUAUGCUGGGGCAGCCGCUGCCGCCGGCGCUGUUCCCGACGUUUCGGCCCAUCCUCCGCCGGUAACGGCCUGGGGUGGCGAAAGUCGGCUAGCCGAUGUCGUUAAAGGAACCGCACCCGCAACGAAUGCCUCAUCGAAAGCGAAACCCAGCGUCAACACAACGUCCCCUCCGCCGUCGCAGCAGCUGCAGCAGCCAGCAUCCCAAACCACCAACACCAGUGAGCUUAGUCAAAAAAACGCCACAGCUUCGGCAGCUGCCACUUGCGAGGUGAGCGCAGCCGCCGGACGUGACCAGCCGCCUUCUUCUUCAGCCGUCGAAUCUGGCACCAGCACCAGCAGCAAGAGCAACGAAUCUGCUUCAACGGCCACCACUAUCAGCAGCAGCAGCAGCAACAAUAACUCUAGCAAAGUAUCCACAUCAACUUGCCACUCAUCUGUGAUAAAAUGUACAACUAGUACGUCUGCAAGCGCCACUGCUGAUAAAUCCACAAAGACUGACGAGUCAUUGCUACAAGCGAAUGGCUCGGAAUCGACGCCAGCGGUGUCCACCUCGGCCGCACCAGCUCGCAAGGCGGCAGCAGACUCGGCCAACAGUCCGCCGACGACGACGAACGCCGCCACGAUGACCUCGACCGAGUACGUGCUGGCGGCGUCCGCGUCCACUUUGUCCUCCUCCUCUUCCGGCGGUCACACCAAGUCGUACACCAGCACCACCACAAGUGCGUCGACCGUGGCGGUGACGUCCGCGUCCACAAUGACCGUACCGGUGUCGAAGGCCGAAAAGGGUGGCAAAACCCCCGGUGCCAAGCACCCCAAAUCGCCAACCGUUCCUCCGACGGUGGCCGCUGCCGUCGCUUCGUCGUCGGGUUCUUCCCACCAGGUCGCCGCAUCGGCAUCGGCUGCGCAGCAAGCCUCGGCACCACCACCGUUUUCACUGCAAAAUCAUCCGCCGCUGGGUGGCGUUGCGGUUCCCAUUCCGGAACCGCCCACCACGGCCCAGCAGCAAUCUCAGGUACGCCUCAGCUACGCCCAGGUCGCGCAACACCUCAAGGAGCAACAGCUGAAGGAGAAGGAACACCACCCGGAAGGAGGCGCUGCUGCCAAAGCGACCACCGCAACCGUUGAGAAGGAGAACAACGGCUCGGCGCAGCAAUCUGGGGGAGGUGGCGCCACCGUAGUCGCAAGUGCGGCAACCGCCGCGGCCAGUAGUGGCGCUGCCGCUGCUGCUGCCCACCAAAAGAAGAGGGAUUCUCAGCCAAUCUCAAGACUGUCUACGUCGUCGCAGCACAGUAACGACGGGUUUAGGGAACAAAGAGACAUUCGCACCAACGCCAACAACUCUGCCAACGCCCGCAGCAGCACCGCCGCCGCCGCCAAAGACAUCCGACCAUCGGCCUCGGGAGCUGCCGCUGCCGGUGCAACCACCUCCGCUACCUCCGGCACUUCCACCGGAACGGCAUCGUCCGUCGGUCAUCGUGGCGAAGCCAACAACAACAGUCUGAAGGGUCCGAACGCGUCGUCUGGCCGGACGGCACGGCCCCACCAGCUGAAGGACUACGUUCACGCGCCGCAGCCGCAGCAGGGUCCGCGUAGUCCCAAAUGAUGACGCUUAAUCUGGAUUUAAGGGUCGGCCGUGAUGGUGGCGUCGUCGUCGUCGUCGUCGUCGGCCCACGUUGUUAUUGUUGGUGAGCUGGAGGAGCGGGAGAUGGUGCGUAGCUGAGGGUUCAGUGGGGUGGGGGAGGGUUCAAGUUGUGUUUUUGUUUGUUGUGUAUAUUGUUAUCGUCGGGAGGGGGGCGAAGGGAAGGGACGUUGCGUGGGAGGAUGAUGGUUGUGCGCAGAAAAAGUUUAACUUUUUUCCUUUUUUUCGUUGAUUUUUUGUGUUAAGUUGAUAAGCAACAGCGGCACGCGCGUGUGGGUUUCAGAGAGUUGCGAAAGGGGGGAUUUCGUUUGAGGAGGAGAAUGGAAAGGAACGCGACGUUCCUUGCGGGGUGGGAAUUUGGACAAUGACUAAGGGCCUAGAGAGAUCUCAUGCAAACUCUACCGUCGGAAUGUGUUGAAAUUUUGACCAAAAGCGAGCGAAUCCAGAUUUGACGGAGCACAACUCCCAGUCCUAUUGAUUAUUAUUAUUUUCUUUCUUUCUUUUUUGCAUUAAUUCUUGUGACAAUUUUUAGGUGUAGAGAUGCUGCGCUAGCGCAGACGUAAUGACUUUCGCACGUGUUCUAUUAUUUAGGAGAAGGGUACGCAAGCAGAAAUCAUUAGCCAGAGAGAAAAAAAAAGCCUUUCCGUGAACAUUUUGGACUAACUAAAACGAAAGCGCUGAUAAAAAUUUAUUCAAACUUGGAGAAACGAAAUUUGUGAUGCUUUCUUUUGCUCAAGCUUUUCGUCUUAUUUUCAAAAAUAAAAGCAAACUGCCCUAGAGCUCAGCUAUAACGUAAAAAAGGAAUAAAAAUCCCAUUCAUAAUUUCCUCCGGAAAUAUUUACCCUUACUCUCAGGCAAACAGACGUAAAUCCACCAAUCACUCCUCACUAGUGCUAUCUAGUUGUGAACAGCAGAAAAUGUUUGAUAGUGUGCUUAAUUCAAGCAACUGUCAAACGCGUUGUGGUGAAUUCAGAGUGCCGUGGUGAGUUAAUUCAAAUUGCCCGUUAAAUUGCUGGUUGAUGGAUUUUAAAAGAGAUUUACGUCUGCUUUUCUGUGCCUUAUCCCUGAGACCACAUCUUUUGUUGAUGUUAAACUAUGAAAAACAAGUGAAACAAAAAAAAAUCCUAGUCUUCUAUAUUGUUUAUACUUCCACGUCAAGUGGGUCAAAUCUAAAGCAAAAAGAAAACUAUUUAAUCUGUGUUUAUUUUCCUAUUUUCCCUUAUGCUAUCAUCACUAUUAUCAUUAUUAUUUCUAAUAUAUUCCAAUCUUAAGCAGUCCUCCCUUCUUUCUAUUAUCGUAGUAGCUAACGAAACGAAGAGAGAACACGAAAAUCGCAUAACCACAAUUACUUUUAAGUGCAAAACAAUGCACAGAGACUAUUGAAAACCCCCUCUAAUAUUUUCUGUUUGUUACAAAAAAAAAUUUGUUGUUUAUUGAUAAAAAAAAACAUGUUUAUUGACUGGUGUGUCACAAACACACACACAGGCCGUGGGCACGGUUCCGAGGCCGCGUGAACCAAUUCUAUGAAAACUCACACUAACUAAAUGAGGAAACAAAACAAAACAAAAAAAAACCUAAAUAAGUCAAAGCAUAGUGCGCAGCGAAGCGAGCCAAUAAUACUAGAGCGAGACAGAGAGAGCGCGAGAAGAGUAAAUAAUAAAUUUAGAAAAGUAGCCGAAAAAACAACGCGAAUGAGACUGGCUGUUGGUUGGUGCGAGAGUGAGAGAGUGCGAGCGCGAAGUGCGAACGAGACCGAGAGAGAGAGAGAUGCAAAGCAAAACUACUAUUUAGCUAUUUUUUCUAUUUAAUUUAAGCAGUAGCCCGAGAUAUAACGAAAGCCGGCAGGAGUUUAGGAAGUGAAGAAAUAAUUUAAAGUAAUACAAAACAAAAAUGUGGUAAUUUAUUAGGAUAACAAAUGAAAUUGACGGCUCUCCAUCCCCUCCCUCUUUCUGUUCGGAGUAAAAGGCAGAACCAUUUAGACUCACACACACUCGGAAGUACACAAAGUAGAGAGAAAACCAGAGAGAAAAUUAUAUUUAACAGAAGUAAAAAAGCAAACCAAUAAACGCAAAUCCUCUAUAGAUAACCCCGUUUCGAAAUAAAGCAAGUGUAGAAAAGUAUAACCUCUUCCGGGACUAGGCAAGCGACAACCACGAUCCAAAACAAACAAAUUAAAAAAAACUUUUUCGUUCCUGGCGAAACAAAUUUGCAAAAAAAAAAAAACAAGGCGAUCUCCAACCCUCGAACCGCGCAGUUUAAAACGCAGAAUUGUAUACACUUAGCCCGUAAGAAAGAGCCAAAUUUUCCAAAUAAUCCAUGUUCUCGUAGCAAACAACUAUAUCUCGACGAGCGCGACAACUCACAAAACGCAAAU